AUGUCCGGCGUGAAGCUCUUCCCACUGAACAGCAGAGCUGACACCACAGCACUGAGACAGCCGAAGGAGCUGUACUGCUUUUCCCGGACGUUUGACGGUGAAUAUGUCAAUGGCGAUGUAUGCCUCAGCUACUACUUUCUUCCCGAUUCUGAUGUUGACACCAACAUCGACCUGGGAGCCGGGUUUGGCAAGUUCAAGAAGAUGGACGACGAUAAGGAUGGCGUGUUUGAUGGGUUCAUCGGCGGGCUGGAGGACUACGAGCGCCGGACGGGCUCCAAGGUGAAGGCUGAUAUCAUCACGUUCAGAGGGAUCAUGACGCAGCUGCUGAUCCUGCCGUAUGAGCAGAGAAACCACAUCGACCUGAACGUGAUAUACUUCGACGGCCAUAUCUUCAUCCAGCAGGAUAAGAAGGCGAAGAAGCUGCACGAGCGUGCACCUUCAGUGGAACAGCAGAGGCUGAUGUACUCGGGCUACAAGUUCGAGUCCGUGGCGACCGUGCCAAAGCCAUUGAACGAGGUGUCCAGGGCGACGAUUGAGAAGAGAAGCAAGAAGAUCGUCAACAACGUGGAGCAGUACUGCUCUGUGGUGAGAACAGGCAUUGGAAAGACCAGAAUCGUGCUGGGAGGCGAGGUUGACUGUGUGUGGGACUAUAAGCCUGUGGACUCGAACCCACUGCCGCACUAUGUCGAGCUGAAGACGUCUUCACAGAUCUCUGAGCCUGGCCAGAGUGUCACAUUCGAGAAGAAGCUGUUCAAGACAUGGGCACAGUGCUUCCUAUUGGGCAUAACAAGAGUUAUCUAUGGCUUCAGAGAUCAAAACCUGACGCUGAGGGCCGUGGAGGAGUACAAGACUGAGGAGAUCCCCGUGCUGUUGAAAUCGAACCCUGUGAAUACCAACCCGAGAAAGAUCAACUGUGUCGAUGCUCUGAAGUGGUAUGGAGCUCUUGUCGAGUGUAUCAAAGCUGAGAUUCCACGUGAUGAGUCCAAGUCGUGGAGACUGACGUUCGAUCCACAGAACAAGACACUCUCACUGUAUGAGCUGCCACCUGAUAUCUCAGCUGAGGUGUUGAGCACUUUACUGCCAGAGAGCUUCAAACAGUGGAGACUACAGAGCAGAUCGAGUUCAUAG